AUGCAAGGAAAGGAAAAAUUUUGAGAUUACAAUUAGUUGUUUUUUAAGCACAAUGAGUAAGUACAACGAUGAUGAACAGAUUGAGAUUGCUGCACCCACCUCAGGACUUGUAUCAUACUUUCAGCGAGAGGGGAAAGCAAAGCUGAGUCAGCUUACGGGCAGAGCCGACGUGAAAGCUGAAAGAGGCGGACUGGAUGUUGUCGCAGUGUUAGAUGUCGGCAGCAGCAUGAAGAAUGAAGAUGGAAAGAACCUGAAAACAAUGCAAAGUGCCCUGCGGUUCUUGAUCAAGAAACUUACACCGGAUGAUCGUCUCUCCGUUGUGACAUUCCCGAGGAAGGCCGAGCGGAUGUUCCCUUUGAGGUGGAUGACCGCAAGUGCUCAAGCGGAGAUUGGAGAACUCGUUGACAGCUUAAAGGCGGAACAAGUGCUCGAAGGACUUUUGUUGGGAAAACAAGUUCUCGAUGGCCGCAGAUUAGUCCAGGGGCGUGCCCCUGUUAUUAUGCUUAUGUCGGAUGUGGAAGACGAUAUGAAUGGAGAUGAUAAAAGUGUCGUAGAUUUGCAGAUUCCGACAACCGAUGUACCUGUAUUCACAUAUGGUUUUGGCGUAAACGUAAACGUGAAGCUGCUCUUAGAUAUCGCAAAGAUGAGCAACGGGGGAACUUUUUCAUAUAUUUCUCAUGAGGAAGAUUUGAACAACGCAUUUUCCUUUGUUCCGGAGUUGACCAAAUCACAAUCAGAGAAGAAAUUGGAGAUCAAGUCAAGUGCUGAUCAGAAGGGUGGUGUGAAGGAGUCUACUGAAAUUGUUGAGACGGUGAAAUCUGGGGCGAAAAAGGUGUUUAAAAUUAUGACAGAUGCAGCUGAUUCUCAGAAGAAAUCACCAGCCGCAGUAGAUCCAGACAAGGAUGUGAAUGUUAAAUCUCUCGGCACAUAUGCAACAGGCUUAUUUUCCAAGCCUGCGAUGAACAUAACUCUCUCAGGAACACGAAUAGAGACGCCCCUUGCAGGUGCUUCUGAGAAGAAACCGGAGUGUAAGACAGUGCCAUAUCAUGGUCUUGCAGGUGCUGCUCAGAAGGAUGGUGCCCAGGAGUCAGCUGAAAUUGUUGAGACGAUGAAAGAUGGGGCGAAAAAGGUGUUUAAGUUUAUCAGAGAUGCAGCUGAUGCUCCGAAGCAAUCACCAACCUCAACGGAACCGGACAAGGAUGCAAACACUAAAUCUACAGGCUAUUUUUCUAAACCAUGGAUGAGCAUGACUCUCUCAGGGACAAAAACAGAGACAAAACCGGAGAUCAAAGAAGUUUCACAUCAGAGUGGGGAGCCUUCUGCACUGUCAUCUUUGGCUUCCCUUGAUCGCCAGCGUUACGCUGCAACAAGCGACACAUCACCCGACGAGGAAGCUAACGAUGGUAAGAAUGCUCUAAUGGAUGCUACCACUGAGCUGAAUAAGUUAUUAGAAUUGAUGAAAGAUGCAGGUGAUGCUCAAAAGAUAUCAUCAGACUCAUCGAAUCCGGACAAGGAUGUUAAAGUUGAAUCUCUCGGCUCAGGGACACCAACAAAGACUCAGCAGAGUGAAGAGAUUAUUAUAGAGCAGGUUCGCCUGGUUUACCCUGCAACACGUGACAAUAAUAUGGGAACUGCAACCAAUAGUUUAUUUGCCACCCCGGGUAUGAACAUUUACUUGGACAAAAUCAACACACCACAAGCCUUAGAAGAUGAGAAGGAUGUCCUGGAGCCUAAUGAACUUCCAUCGGACAAGGGAGUCGAAGAUGAUCCGUUUGAGCCAUUCGUUAAAUCGCUUGGCGAGAAUCAUCAGAAGGCUAUUCAGAUUCUAAAACUGAACGAUAACGUAUUUGACAGUGAUAACACGGUUCAAGUUAAAGACCUGGAAAACAUAGUAGCUAAUGUUCAAAUCGCCAUUCAGUCUCUCCGACAAAUGCAAGACACUGACAUUAAAAGUCUCCGUCAGCUCCUCGAAACCUGAAUGCCAUGACCAUUCAACACAUCUUUCAUAGAUUUGCAGUUUUUCUUGUGGAAAAUAACGGAAAAUUGUUACUCUUUUUCGGUUCUUGAUAUGCAAAAAUGGUCGAUAAUCAUUUGUGUUUAAUGUGUAAUUGCUCCUGACUAAAUAAUAUUGUUAUACUCUUAUGCAUUCAGAACUAAUGUAUUUCUAUAAAAUUCAUUUUGUUUGUUCAUAAA